CGAGAUACAGCCUCUUGCUCACUCAGCAAUCAAGUUCAAUUCGACACGACCAUGAGCACUGCUGCAAGCUCAUCUUCUAGACCUCUCCCAGGUGACGGCGCAUAUCUCACUGAUGGCGCAGCUCCGCAACCUUCCGCCGCUGGUCAAACCUCCUCUUCCAGAGGUAGAGGUAGGAGCAACAGAGGCAAGCCUCGACCUCCACAGCACGCGAACGGUGACGAACGAUCGAAGCCUCGACGCCCCGCUCAGCCUCGAAAGGUAGAACCAGUUUCAAAACCCAGCGCUCUCAACCCUACGGCCGCUACUUUUGCUCCUGGGCAGCCUUCCAUCAGCCAACCAGUCAGCAGAUCCGAGUCCCCUGCAUCUCGACCUCAGUCCGAAGGUGAAGCUAAACGUCAACAUCAACGUCCACGCCAUCCCAGGACCAAGCCAAGUCAGACUCCAGUCUCCUCCCGUCGUGCGGCCUUCGACAAGCAAACAAAGUUGACCACCGAGUCUGACGUUGACACUGCGUCUGACCCACCGAAUCUUAGAAAGAGUCGACGAGCAAAGCAGGAUGAAAAGGAUGACUGGAUUUCCAAGCUCACUCGAGGGCUGAAAUCCAAACCGUUCAUCGAGUGUCCGAUAUGCUUUAAUGCCAUUACACCAUCUCAACCUAUCUGGGCUUGCGCCCCACCCGAUCGACCACCAGAGCCAUCAGAUGAUAAUCCAAAUCACUACACCGCCUGUUAUACUCCAUUCCACCUGAACUGUAUCCGCGAUUGGGCAAAUCGAAGCUUGACGGAGGAGAAGGAACGCUUGAUCGCAUUUGGCAAAGAGGAUGAAGAGGUCAGCUGGAGAUGCCCAGGAUGUCAAAAGCGACGUACCGAGAGAGUCGGAGGUUACCGAUGCUUCUGUGGCCGUCUGUCAUCCCCUCCAACCAUCUCGUCAGCACCUCACUCAUGUGGCGAGCUUUGCUCCCGCCCACGCCCCGGGUGCAGCCACGCUUGCCCAUUACCAUGUCAUCCCGGACCGUGUCCACCAUGCCAAGUCGCACUCAUCGUCCCUUGCCCAUCCCAUAACACACCCCUCACCGUCAAGUGCGCUUUGGCCACCUCGAACAAUGCAGCGUUGUCUCCAUUUUGCGACGAGACUUGCGGUCGAGAUCGGAAUUGCGGGAAUCGAGAUCACGCAUGCGAGCAACUGUGUCACCAUGGUCCUUGCUCUCCCUGCGCUGAGAGAGAAACUGUCACAUGCUAUUGCGGCAAGGACACCAAGGAGGUAGCCUGUGGUUGGCAGCGAAAGGACGAUAAGCAAUGCGCGGCAGUCGAGGAUGGUGUGGAGAAGCAUUGGGCCGGUCGAUUCUCCUGCAAACGUCCCUGUGAUGGGUUCUACGAUUGUAACAUUCAUGCUUGUCCAGAACCAUGUCAUCCUCACCCACUACACCCGCUCGUCUGUCCGAUGUCUCCGGCUGUGGUAACCACUUGCCCGUGCGGCUCAACUCCGCUGUCUCAGCUCGAUGCACCACCCCGCCCAGAUUGUAUGGCCCCUGUUCCGACAUGCAAGAAUCAAUGCCCCAGAUCGCGCCCAUGUGGUCAUCCUUGUCCCAAGCAGUGUCAUGCGGGCGACUGCCCUCCGUGUCACGAGCAGGUCGUCCGUCCAUGUCGGUGCGGGGAGAGCAUGCUCGUCGUCCCCUGCGAUGAGCUGCGUGAUAAAGUAGCUUUAGGUGAGGACAUUACCUGUGAGAGAGUCUGCAAGGCAUUAAGAAACUGCGGUCGUCAUCAAUGUGCGCGUGUGUGCUGUCCCCUGUCUUGGCAAGCGAAGAAGAAGAAGAGACCCGUAGACGAAGCUUUCUUAGUCGAAGAGGACGACUUACACGAGUGUCCCCUUGUCUGUGGAAAGCUACUCAGUUGCGGCCUCCACACGUGUACGAAGAAAGACCACAAGGGAUCAUGUGGACGCUGUCUUGAGGCAUCUUACGACGAGCUCAUCUGCCACUGCGGACGGACUGUGAUCUACCCUCCGGUCGCUUGCGGAACUACCAUCAGCUGUCCAUAUCCCUGCGCGAGGGAUCCACCUGCCUGCGGGCAUCCACGUACGGCUCAUCCGUGCCAUGAGCAGCCCAUCUGCCCGCCCUGUCCAUUCCUGACCACCAAGCCAUGUGCCUGUGGUAAGGAUCCGGCCGUGAAGAACAUCCGAUGCUCUCAGGAAAAAGUCUCCUGUGGUCAACCCUGUGGCGAACUUCUCGAGUGCGGGUACCAUCGAUGUGACAAGAAAUGUCAUCGACCUGGCGAAUGCGAUCCCUGCACGCAAGUGUGUAACAAGCCCAAAAAGAUCUGCCGCCACCCAUGCACAGCUGCGUGCCAUGCGCCGGCCAAGUGCCCCGAGACUGACUCAUGCUUGGCCAUUGUUACUCAGUCAUGCUCCUGUGGUCAUCUACGAACGAGAACAUCAUGCGGAGCUAGCACCUCGAAUCCAUCGAGUCGGGAAGCCGUCUCUCUAAAGUGCAACUCUGAGUGCGCUGUCCGACAACGGAACGCAAGAUUGGCCGAUGCGCUUGGGAUCCAACCCAAGGAAAAGCCUGCUGAGGAAUGGGCACCCGAGUUGAAGUCAUUUGCCAUUGCGAAUCACAGCUUUGUCAAAAUGGUCGAAACGACAUUCUCAGAUUUUUUCAAGAGUUCACGUCAGACGAUGAUCCUUCCACAUAUGCCGCUGUCCAAGCGGACAUUUGUCAUGUCACUGGCAGACGUCUAUCGUCUCGGUCGGGAACUCAUCGAUCAGGAACCUGUUCGAUCGGUCCAGAUCCGCCGUCGAGUCGACACUCGUAUCCCUAGUCCUCUGUUGUCCGCAGCAGCCACACCACCUCCGCCAAGACCUAACCUCGGUGGAUUGGCAAAUUUGAAGACUGGACCAAAAGUCUCCCCUUGGAAUCCAAAGCCCCCCACAGUGCCCACCAGCGUAUCCGGUCCGUCCAUCGCUUCUACUACUGCCGCUCCAAGUUCAGCCCCGCGUGUCCCGAUGACUGGCCAACAUGUGACUGGACAAGUCGGCCACGUCGACGACGAUGAUUGGGCGAAUGAUAUGUAG